AUGUUCGAGAAGAGCGUGCCCUACGCCAUGCUCGCCUUUGCCGCACCUGUGGUCCUGGCCAUCGCCCGCCAUCCCUCCAUGUUUGUCCGCCGCUACGCCCGCCGUCACCGACUGCUCGGCGGUGCGCUGCUGAUGCAUCUGAGUCUGGGAUGGAUGAUGCUACUGGCUCCGAUGCCACAGGUGAAGGAGGAGAUGAUCAAAGAGUAUUCCACGGCGUACAACGUGGUGUUGGGCCUCCUCGGCUGUGCCACAACAGCAGCAGCCGCUGCAGACUUUGCCGCCGCCCAUGACGAGGCCCGGAUCGCCAACGCCGCCUCGGGCACGUUGUCGGAGCGGGCGGUGGUGACCACCGCCGAGAUGGUGGAGCACGUCUUCUACCAGCUGCUCAACCUGGCACAGGCUGUCUUCAUCGCUCUUGUUCCGGCUUGGCCACUCAGCGCGCGCCUCAUCGCACUUGCUGCCAUCACCUGCCUCUGGCUCCUUCGCCCGCUCUUCCCGGUCAACUCGUUCUCCGACAACUACCAGACCGAUGCGGCUGCAGCAGCCGAAUCGCCGCUCGUUCCUGUCAUGUACCGGGUCAAGAAGGCCCAGUACCUGCUGUACAAGCACGCGCUUCUCCAUGGGCUCAACGUCUCGCUCGCUGUGAACGGACUCGCCCUCGCCUCUCAUCGCGCCUUCCCCUACUACUGGCUCGCCCUCAACACCGCCUAUGUCCUCGAGUUUUUCCUCCAGACCCUUGUCCGCAAGCGCUACAUGGCGCAGUCGGUCCAUCUCGUCAUCAACGGCCUGCUCAUGGCCGUCUCCACCGGCGCCGCCCUCGCCGUCCUCGCCCACGUCGACCUCGCUGCCGCCACCCUCUCGCUCGUCCUCAACUUUGCCCAUCGCGGCCACGAGGUGCUCAACACUGGCCUCGUCACUCUUGUUGCGCUUGCUCGACUCUAGCCGCGCUCCAUCACCCAUCGCUAGCCCCGAUGUUAACACAGAUCACCAC